AUGCUGCAGGUGCGGCCCGGGCUGUACCUGGGCGGAGCCGCGGCGGUCGCGGAGCCGGGCCGCCUGAGGGAGGCGGGCAUCUCGGCGGUGCUGACGGUGGACGCGGAGGAGCCGGACUUCCAGGUAGAGGGCUUGCGGAGGCUCUUCGUGCCCGCGCUGGACAAGCCCGAGACAGACCUGCUGAGCCACCUGGACCGCUGCGUGGCCUUCGUGGGCCAGGCCCGCGCCGAGGGCCGCGCGGUGCUGGUGCACUGUCACGCAGGAGUCAGUCGAAGUGUGGCUGUCAUGACUGCUUUUCUGAUGAAGACUGACCAACUUACCUUUGAAAAAGCCUAUGAAAACCUCCAGACUAUCAAACCAGAGGCCAAGAUGAAUGAGGGGUUUGAGUGGCAACUGAAAUUAUACCAGUUCAUGGGAUGCGAAGUAGAUACCUCUAGUGCAAUUUAUAAACAAUAUCGUUUACAAAAGGUUACGGAGAAGUAUCCAGAACUGCAGAACUUACCUCAAGAACUCUUUGCUGUUGACCCAAUCACGGUUUCACAAGGAUCGAAAGAUGAGGUUCUCUACAAAUGUAGAAAGUGCAGGCGGUCUUUAUUCCGAAGUUCUAGCAUUUUGGAUCAUAAUGAAGGAAGUGGUCCCAUAGCCUUUGCCCACAAGAGACUGGCACCAUCUCUGGUGCCUGUGACGGGGAGUCAGGCUCAGUGCACGUCCUAUUUCAUUGAACCUGUGCAGUGGAUGGAACCUGCGUUGCUGGGCGUGAUGAAUGGACAGCUUCUGUGCCCCAAAUGCAAUGCCAAGUUGGGUUCUUUCAAUUGGUACGGUGACCAGUGCUCCUGUGGUAGAUGGAUAACACCUGCUUUUCAAAUCCAUAAGAACAGAGUGGAUGAAAUGAAAGUGCUGCUGGUUCUGGGACCACAAACAAGGAAAACAUGAACUUGUGAUGUCUGGUAGCUGGGAAAGAAAUGUGCUGGAUGAUAGGGGCUCCUUCUUGUCAUUCACACAUAGCCUGGUGUUUGGACCAUCGCAUUUCGUUUGAAAUGUAAGAAGAUGAAAUCACUUCAUGUGAGUUGGACACUGUAUUUAAGUAGAAUACUUCAUAUGGAAAUAAAAAUUAAAAAAAAAAAAAU